CCAAAUAGGUGGAAUUUCUCAUAUGGUUUCCUGGAAAAAAGGUCAGGUAAUUUUAUCAGCCAAUCACUGUGUGCCUUCCGAAUUCCUCUGGAUGAAUAAUACCAGAAAUCCAAAAACCUUCAAUUGCAAUUAUGAACUUAUUAACGAAAUAAGAUCUUGUACCGCCACCUUUUUGUCCACAAGAGCCAAAGACUUGCUGGGCACAGUUGGAAAAAAAAGGUACAUACAAAGGAAGUCCAAUAAACUACUGUUUUUGGGUCAGCGAUUUCCAUUGCAAGCCUGAUUAUUUCCAUGUAUGAUUAUGGCAAUAAUCAAGGAAUCAAUCAUUCCUUAAUCAUCUUCUGCUUUUUCAGAACUGUUAUUUUUAGUUGGCAUUGGCAAGUGGGUAUCUCUGGAAAGUUGACAGAGGUUACCUGGAGAGCACUGGAGUGGCAGGCCCUUAUUUCAGAUAGAAUUUGGCCUUUAUAUAACAUGGAUUUCAGCUUCCUGGAAGGUACAUUUCUCCACUGAGAAUGCAUUUCUGUAUUCAGAUUUCUUUGGAAUGAAAUGGAAUGCAUGUGACAUCAGAUUAUGUCAUAUAUACACAGUUGUGCCUGUGUGGGGCUCCUUUUAUCUGCCAAAUGAUGACAACAGAAAUUGCAACACAAUGUCUGGUUGGCCAUCGGCUAGCAAACAAAUGCUGAGAACUGUAAUGGAUAUUCAGUAGUCAUUGUAUAUUAAAUGUAUAUAUCCUAUGAGGAGGAGGAGUAAGUAGUACCCAUUUGGAGUUGUCCUAGUAAUUCUACCUAUUUUGGGUGAAAGUUUUCUGGGUUUGAGAAAAGGUGUGGCAACGAUGUCGAAAGCUCUUGUCUGGGUGCCCUUUUUCAUGUUAUUUGUAGUGCAGACUGUAUUUUGUGCUAAUAUGUCACAGGAUGCUGUUGGGCUUCUUAGAUUCAAGGCCUCUGCAGAUGCUGGACACAUGCUUGACAGGGGAUGGAGAUCUAGAAAUUACUGUAGAUGGAUAGGAGUUGUGGAGUGUACCUCAGGAGGACGAGUCAUCAAAUUGGUCUUGGAAAAGAUGCAGCUAAAUGGCACUUUUGCGGAGAAUAGUUUGAAUAAGCUUGAUCAGUUGCGCAUUCUCAGCCUUAAGGGGAACUCUCUUACAGGUCCCAUUCCUGAUCUUUCAGGCCUAGUUAAUUUGAAGAGCUUGUUUUUAGAUCAUAAUAUGUUUUCUGGUUCUAUUCCUGGGUCUCUUACUAGUCUACAUCGUCUAAAAAUCAUUGUUCUGUCAUACAAUUUGUUGAGUGGUGAGAUACCUGAGGCUAUGGGGAGUCUACCGAGAUUGUACGCUCUUCAAUUGGAUAAUAAUAGGCUUAAUGGUACUAUUCCCGCCUUUAAUCAGUCUGCUAUGAAGGUAUUCAAUGUGUCUGAUAAUGAGCUCAGUGGUCCAAUACCCAGUACCGCGGCUUUGUCUUCUUUGAAUUCUUCUUCUUUCUUAGGAAAUCCAAGGCUCUGUGGAAGCCCAUUGGGCAAGCGCUGUCAUAUAGUUUUAUCACCUCCUUCACAGGCUCCUGUUGUUGUUAUAAGCUCUCCGAUACAGACAGAUUUAAGGCCAUUAGUGAAGACUAAGAAAAAAAUAAGUGGGGGGAAGAUAGCAGGUAUUGUGGUAGGAUCCAGUGUGGGGUUAUUGGCCAUGUUGUUUGUUGUUUUUCUUCUUAGCAAAAAAAGUGGGGAACGAGAGGAAGAGACACAGAAAAUUGCAGGAGAAAAGCUUUCAACUGAGGACAAUGGGUUUGAGCAGUUUUAUGAUAAGGCCAUUAAGACUGACAAACCAAAGAGUGGGGUUCUUAUGUUCUGUGGUGGAGAAACCCAAAUGUAUACUUUAGAGGAUCUGCUUCGUGCAUCUGCUGAAGUCAUGGGGAGGGGAACUGUGGGGACUACUUACAAGGCAGUAAUGGAGAAUAAGACGAUUGUAACAGUGAAGAGAUUGAAGAACUCUAAUAAGAUGAAUAGGGAAGAGUUUGAGAGACAUAUGGAGAUGGUCGGCAAGCUCAGACAUGAAAAUAUAGUUCCUCUGAGAGCUUAUUUCCAGGCUAAGGAGGAGAGGCUGCUCGUAUAUGAUAAUUAUCCCAAUGGAAGUCUCUUUUCACUUAUACAUGGUGCCAGGUCUCAAAGAGGAAAAUCUUUACACUGGACCUCCUGCCUCAAGAUUGCUGAAGACAUAGCCUGUGGCUUGGCCUAUCUGCAUCAGGCAUCGAGAUUAAUUCAUGGAAACCUCAAGUCUACAAAUGUUCUAAUGGGACAGGAUUUUGAAGCUUGUAUUACAGAUUAUGGUCUUACAGUUUUUGACAUUGAGCAACCUGAGGACUCUACUCUCUUAGGUUACAAGGCCCCAGAAUGCAUGAAGUCUAACAAGAAGAUGGGACCCAAAUCAGAUGUCUUCAGCUUUGGAGUAUUGUUGCUGGAACUUCUCACUGGAAAAGUACCAUUGCAGUCCUUCCUCAAUGGACAAGCCAUGGAUCUACAGAGAUGGGUUCGCUCUGUAAGGGAGGAAGAACUCACAUCAGGGGUUAAUGUUGAUGGUUCUGUUUCUGCAAAUGAAACCUCUGAGGAUAGACUGAUCCAACUUCUAAACAUAUCAAUGGCAUGUGUAGCUACAUCUCCAGAGCGGAGGCCAACCAUGAGACAAGUCCUCAGGAUGAUUGAAGAGGUAAAGGAAACAUUGGUAGUUUCUUCCCAAAGCGAGGAAUCACCAAAAUGGUAUGAGAGCAUUCAUGGCUCAACGCCUCAGAGGAAUGCCACAGAUCGAGAUUAACUUAUAAGUUAUAACUAGCAAACUCAUUGACCUUAUGUUUUCAAGUUUCAAUUGAAUUCACUAAGGCCAUAGAUGCUAAAUAUUGUAGACUGCCUUCUGUCUUUCUGAGAUAUAUCAUCUAAAUUGAUCAGAUUAGAUCAAUUGGAGAUCAGGCAGGCUAUGUUGGUUAGCUAAUACUCCUUUUAAUGCAGCUUUAAUGUGAUAAGUAGAAAUCACCGUCUAGCUUGAUUUCAGGUGUUUUAUGAAUUUAUAUACAGGAUUGUUUGAUAAGCAACAUCAUCAUUAUCAUCCACUGCAUUGGAAAUUAUGCAGCUUAAUGCAUAGUAUUGAUUAAUUCA